UCUCCUUGUUUGUUUACAACCCGAGAACUUCCUGUUAGCUUUACUUCAGCUUUGUCCGUGUUUGCUAACAGCUUCAUUUUAGCUAAACGUCAGUUUUCAAGAUGGGAUGUGAUGGUGGGACGAUUCCAAAAAGACAUGAGUUGGUGAAAGGACCAAAAAAAGUUGAAAAGGUUGACAAGAAUGCUGAACUCGCUGCCAAGUGGAAGUACUGCGCCUUGAGCCAAGAGAAACUGAGGCGACCCAUCGUUUCAUGUGAGCUGGGCAGACUUUAUAACAAAGAUGCUAUCAUUGAAUACCUCCUGGAUAAAUCUGCUGAAAGACCAAACGCUGAGGCUGUUACGCACAUCCGUGGGAUUAAGGAUAUAAAGGAGCUCAACUUGACUGAUAACCCUGCAUGGGAGGGAGAGAGGAGAAAUACAAAAGGAGACAGAUAUGAGGACAUCCACUGUGGCAUGUUCAUCUGUCCUGUUGUUGGCCUAGAGAUGAAUGGAAAGCACAGGUUCUGCUACUUGCAGACCUGUGGUUGUGUGUUUUCAGACAGGGCCCUUAAGGAGGUAAAGACUGAGAUCUGCCAUAAGUGUGGGGAUCCUUUUAAAGAUGAAGACAUAGUUGUGCUUAAUGGCACAAAAGAGGAGGUCCAGAAGCUGAAGGAGAAGAUGGAGGAGAAACGAGUUAAAGCAAAAACCAAGAAAUCAAAGAAGAGCAAGGCAGUUGAAACUGUCUCUGCACCACCAGAAUCCAAAGAAGAGGAUGCCCAGUCUCCACCAGUAGAUGUAGCUGGGAGGAAAUCCCAACAAAAUGGAGACGAGAGCAGCCAAUCAGCUGUGGCUGGACCUUCUGGUACCUCCAGCUCCACAAAAGGCUCCAAAUCUUUGGCAGCUUCUGCCACCAAGAGAUCUAUCCAAGACAUGGAGGAAAAGUCUGAGGCUUUCAAGUCCCUCUUCACCACCCACAGCUCUGCUAAACGCUCUAAAGACCAGACGUCCAACUGGGUCACUCACACACCUUAUCACUUUUAACAGCUAUUUCUCAGUGCAGAAAACAUGUUCUUUUGUUGUUUCUUUUCUUUUCUUUUCUUUUUGUUUAAUUCAUUAAUUCAAGUCCCUCAUUAUGUAAACACCACACAUGCAUCAUUCAGCUGACCUUUAAUAAAGUCACCAGUAUGCAAAUUCAUUCCCCGUUUACCUGUUCAGCUCCCAGUAGCUUCUUGUUUACAUGUUGUGAACAUUUUGCGAAUCCCUCCCUAUACACUUUGACGUUGUUUUGUAACCUGAUGUCCUAAUACAAUUCCCUCAUGUAUUCCUCCACACCUCUGUAUUUUCAGGUUGCUAAUUUGUCUCUGUCACCUCUUACCUCCUUUGUUUGUGCUCUGUUCUACUGUGCCCUUAUAUCUAGAGUUUCUCUCUUUAAAUCCAUAUCUAUAUAGUUAAAGAUUUAAAAUCCUGAUAGAAAACAAUGUUGCGUUGUCUAUCAAGUUCACUCUGACCGGAAAAUAGUCUUUCGUGUGACUUUGGAAAGUAGCUCAUGCUGCCUUAUGCUUUACUG